CCAUUUCCUGUUUGGUAGACAUGUGUGGGACCGUAGGCCUCUCGUUUCUCUCUUUGAAGUUUAACCGUAAAGCCACCACCUUCUCUCCUGCCAGUUCCUAUCACGCUGCACUCCUUUUUUCUUCUGUUCUGUCCGUACUCCGUGCCCGGAUUUUUUUCCUUCUGUUUCUUUGAUUACAACGGCGUCGCUGCUAUUGGAUAUGGCGGGGAAGCUGAUGCAUGCCGUUCAGUAUAGCACCUAUGGAGGAGGCGCCGCUGGUUUAAAGCAUGUUGAGGUUCCAGUCCCUAGUGCUAAGAGAGACGAGGUUUUGCUCAAGUUAGAAGCAACUAGUCUAAACCCAGUCGAUUGGAAGAUGCAGAAAGGGAUGCUGCGCCCCCUACUCCCUCGGAGAUUCCCUUACAUACCCGGCACUGACGUGGCAGGAGAGGUUGUAGAGGUUGGACCAGGAGUAACAAAUUUCAAAACUGGUGACAAAGUUGUAGCUAUUCUAAGCCACCUUAGUGGAGGUGGACUAGCUGAAUUUGUAGUGGCUAAGAAGAGCUUGCCAGUUGCAAGGCCACCUGAAGUUUCAGCAGCUGAAGGUGCAGGCUUGCCUGUUGCUGGGCUCACAGCUCACCAGGCUCUCACUCAAUCUGCUGGGGUCAAGCUUGAUGGAAGUGGUAACCGGAAAAAUAUUCUGAUCACUGCUGCCUCAGGUGGUGUAGGUCACUAUGCAGUUCAGCUUGCAAAGCUGGGAAACGCUCAUGUGACUGCCACUUGUGGGGCUCGAAACAUCGAAUUUGUGAAGAGCUUAGGUGCUGAUGAGGUUCUGGAUUACAAAACCCCAGAAGGAGCAGCUCUGAAGAGCCCAUCUGGUAAGAAAUAUGAUGCUGUGAUCCACUGCGCUGCUGGUUUUCCUUGGAGCACUUUUGAGCCAAAUCUGAGUGCAAAUGGGAAGGUUAUAGAUAUCACUCCUGGCCCCAGUGCCUUCAUGACUUUUGCUUUUAAGAAACUUACCUUCUCCAAGAAGCAGCUGGUGCCGCUGCUUUUGAUUCCCAAUGGUGAGAACCUGAAUUAUCUUCUUAAUCUGGUAAAGGAAGGGAAGCUUAAAACAGUCAUCGACUCAAAGCAUCCAUUAAGCAGGGCUGAAGAUGCUUGGGCAAAGAGUAUCGAUGGUCAUGCUACUGGGAAGAUCAUUGUGGAGCCGUGAAUGAAAAUGAUGUGCUUGAAUUGCUAAAAUUUCUGCAAAUGUUCUUUCCUAUACCAUGUGGAUCCGAUGUAUUGUAUGAUGCGUGAUCUUGCACACCAGUUCUUUUGACUGGAUGUUUCCCUAAAUGAUAGGGUUUGGGUUGAGUUUAUUACUAUUGAUUAUGUUUGUUCUUCAAUAUCAGAUGCUUCUUUUUUC